UUUCUGAAUUCCAUGAUAUUCUGUCUGUCUUAAAAUGUAAUCUUUUUUUAUUGAGACGGACGUGUAACCCAAAGAAAUAUUGUCUGCUACUUCUAAAACAGAUUUUAAAGUUUGGAAUGAUUAUUGUACUUCAACCUACAAUUGAGCGUAGCGGACCGACUUUCCGAACACUUGCGCACGGAACAAAUUGUCGACGCUACGGUAUGGAUCUUGCAAUAAAUAAUCCCAAGCCAUUUCUCAGUGGGAUCACUGGGAAGCAAGUGAUCGUUAAAUUGAAGUGGGGAAUGGAGUACAAGGGGUACCUCGUAUCUGUGGAUCGGUACAUGAACUUGCAGCUACAUAGCACUGAUGAAUAUAUUGACAACUGCCAUACUGGAAGUUUGGGCGAAGUUUUGAUACGAUGUAACAACGUGUUGUAUAUAAGAGAGUGUGAUGAUGACAGACUGGACACCAUGUAACCUAGCUGCGGUUUUGUACCCUAUGUAAAGAACCACAUUUUUUAUUCGUUUCCUCCAAUAAAAUACAUCUUCGAUA